GAUGGAGCACCACUGCGAGCGGCACGUGGUGUUCGCCGUGGUCCUCGGGCGGUGGGUGGCAUGAGCACGGGCAGUCUCAGCCGUCUCUCGCCAACCUCGGGGACUACCUGUCGAAGGCUCUCGCGGGUGCUGGGCUCGCUGGGGACCCCGACGCGACGCGCCUGGCGACAGAGUUCAGCACCCUGGCGUCCCAGGAGCUCGCGGCGGCUCCUGCGCCGCCCAAGCCCCCGCAUGCGCAGCUCAAGGAGGCUACGGCAGAUUGCUCGCGCAAACAGGAGGCACUGGAGAGGGCUGCCAAGACGCUGGAGCAGGCUCGCCUCCAGCUCGAGAAGGCCCAGUCCAAGUUCGACGAGACCGCCGACGCGGUCAUGGCAGCCGAGCUGCAUCGCCUGGAGGUGCAGGAGGCCGCUAACCCGCCCGAGCCGGCCAAGCAGUCCUUGUUCGGGGUGGACCCCGAGCUUUUCGAGAGCCUCGAUGAGUUCGAGGAGAACGACAAGCAGGCGCUCGAGCAGUUCCAGAAGCAGCUGCAGGACGUCUGCUGGAGCGCGCGCGGUCGGCGCACCAGGCGGUGGCCAAGCGGCGCAAGCGCGGCGCCGAUGGCGAGGCAGCCGAAGGUCGUGGUGCAGGAGGACAACCAGAAGGCCAUGCUCGAGCGCAUGAAGGCCAGCGCUCAGUCGCAGGCACGCGAGGCCGCUGCUAGCAAGGGGCGAGACUGCAAAGUACCUCUUCAUGAUGAGUCCGAAGACGCCUCGUCUUUGGACGUCUUCUCCGGCAACAUAACGGAGUGGGGCCCGCAGGCUGCGCGUUUCUUGGCGCAGGAGCAGGAGCGCAACAUCGCGGCCCUUGUUGAAACACACAAGGGAGAGAAGGACGUGCCAGACAUCUGUCAGUCGAUUGAUAAAGACGGCUGGCGUUUGGCCUACAUGGCUGCUCUCCCUUCGGGCAAGUCUGAGAGCGGCUUGUCCGGCGGCGACUGGAUCCUCGCGAAGAAACGCGCGGCAACGUCGAGCUUUGAGAGUGCUCGGCAGUCGGCGCGUGCUGCUGGGCGUCUGGACCCCCGCCGCGGGUUCGCGCCGACGGCGAUCCACACCAAGGGCGGCAACUUGGUCCUGAUCGCCGCCAACCUUCAGCCAGGCCUCGGCGUGAAGGGCUGGAACAACGACGUCUUGGUGGCGUGUGGGGCGUUCACGCGAGCGCUGGCAGAUCCGUGGCUGGUCAUGGCGGACUGGAACGUCGAGCCCGCGGCCUUCCGGGACACCGGCUGGCCCCAGAAGCUCGGCUCCGUCGUGGUGACGCCCAGCUGCCGCACGACGUGCGACGAGGGGCGGCUCGUACUCAACGAUGGCAUCGGCACCUCGCUGUGCCCAAGCCUCUUCCUGUGCGCGAUCGGCCAGUGGCGGUGGCAG